AUGCGUUUCGGGAUAGAGACUUCCUCCUCAUCUUCCGAGCUCUCUGCUGACGAGGGCCGCCGUUCCGCUACCUCGCUGGCGUCUCCGGCCACUCCAACGCCGAGCAAGGGCAUCCUCCGCAAGGUCGGCUCGCCGCAUCUGCGCACUCCGGCAUCGACGCCACGGCCGCCUGCUCGCUUCGAUGGCGUCAGCCCAUCUGGCCCUGCCGAGGCGCCCUCUCACUCCCAGGCCAGACCAACAUCGGCAUCGUCGCGCUCAAACACGCCCUCCGCCGCGUCCCGGCGGCGCGCCGAGUCCCCCUACGUCCAAGUCGGGUUGCAGGAUCCGGCAAACCCUCGCCCGCACGCGGGACCGUCCAGGAGAGCCUCGGCGGCGACCACCGCUGCCCCUCUACCUCCUUGGCUGCGACCCGACCAGCAUCUUCGCUCUUUGACCGGUGUGCCAAACGACGAUUCCCUAGGCUCCUCGGAUGACGAUGAAUACGGCGAAGAUAGCAGCAGCGAUGCGUCGUCUUCGUCCCUCACCUCUGGUUCCCCAAAAGAAGCGCCUUCCGAUAGCGAAGAGGAUGAGUGGCCCGUGGAACCCGGCCGACUCGGCACGGGGAUCGCGGGCACGACACGAGCAGCGCGUGCAUCGCACGCCAGACGGAAGCGCGACCUGGCCAGAAGGCUACGCCUGGCAAGCGUGGCCGACGACUGGGAGGACUGGGAUCGCCUCUCGCGCGAAUCCGCACUGAGCCGCGCCACCAGCACCUAUGUCCACCGCCUGCGCUCGUACACCGCUCCAUUCGACGACAGAACAUCCACCAGCAACGGGAGCCCGCUGCAGCAACAAAGGGCAAAAGCAGCCGUAGACAAGGCCUCCCUUCCGCAUACCGGUGCGACCUCGUCGGCCGACGCCGAUCUCGACGAGGUCCGCAAGCUUCUAUCGACGCUUAGCGUGCGGCGGGAGGACGAAGAGCGGAGAGAAAAGGAGGCCUUCGAGGCGCGCAACAGGCUGCUGUGGCAGGGCAUUGAUGCCAGCAUCCUUGCCGCAGAAAAGGAAGCCCAGGAAUCGGCGGCCGCGGAGGCGCAGAGGCUGGCGGCAGCGCGAAAAGCGCAAGAGGAAGCGGAGCGGCGAGCCAGAGAGGAGCGCGAAAGCGAGCAAAGAAGGAUCGAAGCGGAGAACAAGGCGAGGGACGAGGAAGCGGCCAAGCGCAAGGUGGAAGAGGAAGAGCGUCAGAAGGCCGAAGCCGAGGCACGGCAGCGAUCGGAAAAGGAAAAGGCCAUGGGAGGCGUCGGCGACGAGGUUCGCAGGGGGGCCGACAAGGAGUACGAGGCGUGGAUGGCCAAGAUCGGCCACAUCAAGCAAAACAUCCUACCAACCAUCUCGCGCAACCCGGAGCUGCGGAAGCAAUGCUUCGCCGCCAAGCGCCAGAUCACGCCCAAAGUCGGCCAGCUGACCAACUCGCGCGAGGAGAUCACUCGGAUUACCAAUGCCAUCGGCGCUGUUCUCAGCUCCGCAAAGGCCGCGUCGCCGACGGGCGAGAUCUACACUUGGAUCCUCAACCAUCUCUCCAAGUGCUUGAUCCGACAGGCGGAGCAGGAGACGGCCGCCAAGCAGGACACUGCUUAUCCGCUGGCGAGAGUGGUCGUCUGGCUACUGCUGCAGGGGCAUACGGAGUUGGGCGAAGUGUUGAUGGCACGACUCGCGAAGAAGUGCUGCUGGUGCUUGGCCGUCUGGCCUGGCAAGCGCAAGGAUCAGGACGACGAGAGCUACCGCAAGGCUCUUGGCUACCGCUCAAACGACGAGAGCAGCGAAAACUACUCGAAUCGCAUGGCCGGCAUCUUCGCUUUCUACAUCGCAAUCCUCCAGACGAAGCCGACCACCCCUCCCUCUGCGCCGGCGGGGACGAUGCCAGACCUGUCGCUGGUACCCGAGUACCUCCGCUCCAAGACGCUCUGGACCUGGAGCGUGCGCACGCUCGCGUCGGCCUCGCCGAUUCUCUCGCAUCCCUUGCUGCCGUCUCUAUGGUCCACCUACCUCGAGGUGGGUGGGAAUCGCGCACUUGCCCUCUAUGGCAAGCAGAUGGGCAAGGUAUGGAGGCUCAUGCUCGACGAAGGCGUCCGGGGCAAGAAGGCCGGCUUUGUGCAAAAGGGCGAAGAGGAGGGAUACGUCAAGGCCUCGAUCGUCCGCCUCGAGCUCCUGCUGGAAGGAUGGGAAAAGCAAGGCCGCAUCGUUGACGCCACGCGAGGCGUCGAGAUGGACCUCCCCUGA